AUGACUACCCCGGCUGAACGCAAGAACCAGCAAGUCUGGGAUUCGAUCGAGGCGGGAGCACUCAAGCAGGCGUUGCAGCUAUGCAAUCGACGUUUGAAGAAGGGGGAGAAAGGUGAUUACUUGCUGGUGAGAUAGAUUAUUACCCUCCUCCCCUCAAGCCAUCCGGGAUUUCAUCAAUUGAUUAGUCGACUUCUCGCAGACUCUGAAGGCUCACACCCUAACCCUCCUAUCUACUCCCGCCGGCACCUCCGAAGCUCUGCAACUGGCGCAACAACUCUCCUCGAAAACCCCUGUGAUCGAUUCGGUUGACUGCCUCCGCCUGCUGACUCGCGUGUGGAACGAGCUGGGUGCCGCGCACACGAGCGAGAUCUCGCAACUCUGGGAGCGCGCCGCAAAGUCCCGACCGAAGGACGAAGCCCUCGCGCGCGAAUGGCUCUGGGGCACGGUUCGUAGCCUCGACUGGCGCGGCGCGCAGAAGGCCGCGAUGAGUUUGCAGAAGGGUUUCCCGGGGAGGCGCGAGUACUGGUUCUGGGCCGCGGUCACAUGCUUGCUGUUGCACAACUCGCUGCCGGAGAUGGCACCGGACAGGAAGCUCUUUGGCAUGCUGGCGUACAAGAUGGUGGCCAAGAGCAGAGAUGACACCCCGCUUGAUACUACUGUCGUCCCGCCUAGGGCUAUACAGACCUCGCAGGAAGUUACCCUUAUGCUUGAGUUGUUGGCGUAUGUUGCGCCCCCCACGGCGAAUAAGGAGGCGCUCGAGUUGCUAGAUUCGAAAAAUUUGGGUGUGGAUUCGAAGAUUGGUGGUGGCGACUGGUGGGGGCUUGCAAGGAAGCGGUUGGAGGUGCUGGAGGAGAGUAAGGAUUGGAAGAUGCUUUGGGAAGUGUGCAAGGAGUUGGUGAAGGAUAAGAAGAAGAAAGAGGAUGAGGCGGCCCUUACGGAGAAUGGGGGGGGGGGCAAUGGGGAGGGGACUAAUGGGGAGGGGGAUCCAGCUGCGAAGAAGGAUGGUGCUUCCCCAGAUGACGAGGUCGCUACAAAGGGCCGUGGCGAUGACUGGCUGAUUUGGGAGCGGUUUGUUAAGGCAGUUGGAGAACUGUGGAGUAGUGGGGAGAAGGAGCCCGGGAGGGCUGCGCUGGAAGUCAUCCUUACACAUUGCACUGCAUCUGCUACUGCGAGAAAUCCUAAUCUGGCGCUAGUCAAGUUUUCGUCAGUAUUCCAUGACGAGCACGGGGGACCUGAAGGUACACCAACUUUGCUGGAAGCCUGUAAGGAGUACUUUGCCAAGACUGGCACUAAGAGCGCCUGUUUCGAGGAUCUAAAAGUGUAUCUGGAGAUGCUUGAGGAAACUGAGACUGAAGAGUUUUUAAAGUUUGUUGCAGAGCGUAUCUCGGAGAUGAGCGAGGAAACAGAGGUACGCCUGAGAUCAAUGUUUGGGCAAGAGUUCGAGAUGUUAACCCGGUCCAACAGAAAGUGCGGAUUGAGCGGGUCGCUGCAACGAUCAAUCAUUACAAGUUCAUUUAUCUCCUAACUAUGUCACCGAUAAAGCCUCCGUUGACUGAAGAGGUUGUUUCAAAACUAAACGAGUUCAUUACCUCUGCGAUACGGACCUACACAUCUAGUCUCUCCCUUGGGCACAAUCUACUUCCAACGGAUACUCAGUAUGGCGAUGACGCCGCCUUAUUAUCAGUAAUGGGCCUCGUCCGGCUUUCUACACUAUCCGACCCGCCAUCACCGAUUCCUCUUUACCAGUCGGCAAUCAUCCUUAAUACUCUUCUGCAAAAGUCCAAACACAACUAUGAGGCUCUUCUGUUACUGGUACGGAUAUACCUCCUCCUCGGCGCAAUCCCGCUAGCCAUGGAGGUGUAUCCACGUUUGAACAUCAAGCAAAUUCAAAACGACACACUAGCUCACUUUCUCCUAACCCGAAUCAGCGUGCUGCAUCCUUCGUCCAACAAGACAGAGCCACUGCUAAAAGAAGCCCUCAAGAUCUACGAGACCAGUCGCAUCCAAACUCCCGGUAUGUUGGUGCUGGCCUACGAACGCGGUAGCUACGCACAAAUGAUGGGGUUCGUGGAAUUUGCGGAUAGGGUCUCGGGGAGCGUGUGUCGGGGGAUGUGGGAGAUUGAGAGGCGAAGGUUAGCACGACUGCGGCCGUCACUAGCCACGCAGCAGAAGAACGGAGAAUUGAUACGUGACGGCGACCAGAACAUCUGGGACAACCGCGAUUUUAGCGUCAUAAUUUCCUGCGAGCGGUCCACGCAGUCACCUUUCGAGGAGACCUUCCGCCUAGGCGCUACACCGGGCGAGAAUUGGACAAAGGGCUUCUCGGCGGUGGAACGACUCGUCGAGCACUUACUCGACCCGACCCCGGUCGGCGGUUCAAUCCCGGAGCACGUCCUAUCAGUGCUAUCCCGCAUCCUCAGUGAUGAGAAAGCGAUGGUAGAAUUCACACCGGUGGAAUCGGAGUACCUCUCCAUUAUGCAACUGGCCGCGACUGCGGCCACUACUACCGAGCAAAACUCUCUUAAAUCCACACUAUCGAAAAUCCUCUCCUCCCUACCCAAGCCUCCUCCGGCAGCUAGCAUAGCCCCACACACGUGGGUCUACCUCCAUACCGCAAACAUGAUCCUAGACCUCGUUGCAAUCCUUCAAACGCACUUUAUACCACACGUCAAGCAGAAGAAACUCACGAACGAGCUGUCCACUGCCCUCGGCGCGCUAAAGCAAGCCGUUAUCGCGAAUGCGGCCGCUCUAGCCAAGGAGAUUGGGGAGGAGGAGGACAGUGACAAAGAGCAAGAACUAGUCGACGGCGUGCUGGCGCUUGAGGGUGUGGGGAAGGAGUUGAGGACGUGGGGGAUCGAGAGUAGAGUCGAGGCGGUCAGAGCUGUCAGGAAGAGUUUGGCGGCUGCGAUUACUGGAGUUGGGAAGGGGAAGUGA